CAGAAAGAGCAAACUGUUCGUUAAAUGCCCGGGCGUUUUUAUAAACAUACCUGAUGCUCUGUACUUACAAAGUUUUGCCGUUAUUAUUUGAAAUCCUAUGUAGCUGGUUGCACCAUACCUUUCUUUCUUGGAAGAUCGAAGACGAUCCUUAUUGCGUUACAUUUUAUUUUAUUAAAAAAUAUUCCUCAGCUACAUCAACUAUUAAGCUUAAGAUUAAACAAGAGUUCAAUGGCUGAGGAAAAUAUUGAAAUUUGUGGAUUUCUAGAUGUUAAAUUUUUUGGUAGUAAAUCAAAGGUUCAUAAAGUAAAAAAAAGGACACUGGGUCCUUGGAAAGUAUGGAAAAGGCACUGGUGCUCUGUUAAAAAACUAGGCCCUGGUUUGGGUGUUAAAGUACAACUUGAUUAUGCCAUUAGCAGUGGUAGUUCUAUAUCACCAAAUGAUAAUGGUAAUUCCAUAACGAUACCAUUGGAUGCUAUCAUUCAUCGUACUCAAUCUAGAUCCAAACAAUUUGCCUUUGGUAUAUUUCCUACCAAAGACAGAAAACCAUUACUUUAUUUAGCUGGUAAUUCAGAAACAGAAUCUCAAAGAUGGAUGGCAAAUAUCAGGCAGCUGUUAAAACCCAGAAAGUAUAAAUUUACCUUAGAAUCUUAUAGUGUAUCUAUGGUUGACAAUGGACAUUCCAAAGCAUCAGGCCUCACAGGACUAUACGGUGAUCUAGUAACUAGUACAUUAGGAGUUUUUAUAAAAGACAUUCAUACAGGUCAAACAAUACAAAGUUUUGAAUGGAAAGAAUUAGGUCAGUUUCAUUUGAGCACAUCAGGUCGACCAGAAGAUGUCAGAUGUAUUUGUGUAAUUCACACAACUAAAGAAUAUCGUGGCGGGGUUGGAGAACUUCACGUGUUUUGUUUAGACGCUGCUAAAUUAUUACUAGACCUGGUAACCCAAGGACGUGGACCACGAAAUAGACAAAUAAAUCGACGACCUUUCAGUUUAAGCGAGGGUGAUCUUAGAAUACUAACACAGAAUGAAACACUGGUAAGAUAUCCAGUAUUCAAUGAAAGAACAGACUUGAAAACAUAUAACAGAAGAAGGGAAAGUAACGAAAAUUACGAAGUAAUAAAAUGCAAAAUUCCUAAUAGAACAACAGGAUAUUUCUAUCAACUUGAACCACCUAGUAUUCCAUUUAUUGGAGGAAGUUCAGGUGGCCCAAGUAGUUCUAAGAAUAGGAUUUCUGAUGUCUCUAUAGCCUCUGGAAUUUAUGAAGAAAUUGCAGAUCAACGAAGCAGCAAUGUAACAGCAGCUACUUCAAGUUUCAUGGAGGUGGACGAAGAAUUAGCCACUCGCCACCCAGAUGAACCUCCACCUUUACCGCCAAGACAAAGAUGUGCUUCAGAGUCUAUAGCUAGCAAUAGGUUUCAAGACGUUCGAAUGUCUCGAUCAAAUAUUGUAUCUAUGACAUCAGCUCGAAACUUUAUGCACAAUGGAAGAAAUGCUUUUGCAUUACAAAAGAUAAUAGAUAACUCUCAUUAUGUUCCUAUGUCACCUCGAAUAAUAGAUAACGCUCUACAGAAUCGACAACCACGAGCUGCUCUGGAGGAAAGCGAGUAUGUUAUGCAGAGUGAAAGAAACGUUUUUGUACAGCAAAGAAUAAUGGACGAGUCCCAUUAUGUUCCCAUGUCACCUAGGUUAAAAGAUAUUGCUCUGUUAGAAGCACAAACACCUCUACACGAAAGCGAUUACGUUAUUAUGCGUUAAACGAUUUACGAAAAAAACAGUGAGCAUAUUUUUGAUAAAAAGUCACGUUCCAACCAUAUUUUUUAUACGAUACUUUGAUUUCUUUUUCUAAACCGCUUCUUAUAUAGAUUCAUCAAUU